AUGGUUUUAGGAUGUGAUGUCUGUUAUCGAGGAAAUUGUUUCAAAAUUCCUGAAGAAUUGCACAAUAGUCCAGAAGUAACUUUUGCUCAAGCAGAACAAUUGUGUCGCGAUAUUGGAUGGAAACUUGCAAAUAUAUAUUCAUUGGAACAUUAUCAAUCUGUGGCAGCUUACCUUCGCACUAAGAUUCCUUCAUUCAGCAAUUAUGCUACCGUUUGGCUCGGAAUGACACGAAAUCAACAGACACAAACUGUAUAUCUCUCGGAUGGUACAGUGGCUCCAACAUUACCGUGGUAUCCUAGUUAUCCACAUUCGACAUCAAGCACUAAGAUGAAUAUGGAUAUAAAAUCCGAUGAAAGAUCUUUGAAUCAGGGAAUGGUGAAUUAUUCAUCGACAGAAACAAGGAGUGGAGCACUUUGUCAGAUUUAAAUGGAAGAAUAAAGAUAA